CUUUCCCUUAAACCCCUUACCUCACACUUCAAGGGUUUUUACACAAACCCUCACAGUUCUUUCCCAAACAACCCUUUAUCCACACACACACACACAAAACACACAGUGCAAAAAAAAAACAUCAAAAUCCAUUCUUGAAAGUUUAGAUAAUGGCACCUGUAGUAAGUAGGAGUUUGAGUUCUGGUCCUAUGGCUUCAUUGCCUUAUACUUCUUCAUUUGUAUUAGGUAGUGGUAAUACAAAUAGGGUGUGUGUUAAAAGUAGUUUCUUGGUUAGGAAUAAUAUAAAGAAUGGAUUUUUAAAAUCAGGGGGGUUGAAGUGUAAACAAGAUAAAAGAGAUGGCAGAGUUGUUGUUGUUAGAUGUGAUGCUUCUGCUGUUGCUGAAAAAGAAGAGUCUUCUGAGGAGACUUAUGAGUACCAGGCUGAGGUCAGUCGCCUAAUGGACUUGAUUGUUCACAGUCUUUACAGUCACAAGGAAGUUUUCUUGCGAGAGCUUGUGAGUAAUGCUAGUGAUGCUCUUGAUAAGUUGAGAUUUCUGAGUUUGACGGAGCCUUCUUUACUUGGAGAUUCUGGUGAGCUGGAGAUUCGCGUCAAACCCGAUCCAGACAAUGGGACUAUUACCGUAACAGAUACUGGUAUUGGAAUGACCAAAGAGGAGCUCAUAGACUGUCUUGGGACUAUUGCCCAAAGUGGUACCUCGAAGUUCUUACAGGCGCUUAAGGAAAACAAAGACGUUGGAGCUGACAAUGGAUUGAUUGGUCAAUUUGGUGUUGGUUUCUAUUCUGCAUUUCUGGUUGCUCAAAAGGUUGUAGUUUCCACGAAGAGCCCAAAGUCGGAUAAGCAGUAUGUUUGGGAGGCGGAGGCUGACAAUAGCUCAUUUGUCAUCAGAGAGGAAACUAAUCCUGAAAAUCUUCUACCUCGAGGAACACAAAUUACACUUUAUCUGAGGGAUGAUGACAAAUACGAGUAUGCGGAGCCCAAGAAGAUCCAGGAUUUGGUGAAGAAUUAUUCACAGUUUGUUUCUUUUCCAAUUUACACAUGGCAGGAGAAAUCAAGAACAAUUGAGGUAGAGGAAGAGGAAGAACCAAAGGAAGGAGAAGAAAAACCAGAGGAAGAAAAGCCAAAGACAAAGAAGACCAAAACUGAGAAAUACUGGGAUUGGGAGUUGACAAAUGAGACAAAACCUAUAUGGAUGCGGAGUCCAAAAGAAGUUGAGAAAGAACAGUACCAGGAAUUUUACAAGAAAACUUUUAAUGAGUUCUUGGAUCCACUUGCCCACACUCACUUCACUACAGAGGGUGAGGUGGAGUUUAGAAGUGUCCUGUAUAUACCUGGAAUGGCUCCUCUUAACAAUGAAGAAGUCGUAAAUCCCAAGACAAAGAACAUACGCUUGUAUGUGAAGCGUGUCUUUAUUUCUGAUGAUUUUGAUGGAGAGUUGUUUCCAAGGUACCUGAGCUUUGUUAAAGGAGUGGUGGAUUCAAAUGACCUUCCUCUUAACGUUUCUCGAGAAAUUCUGCAGGAGAGCCGAAUUGUUCGGAUAAUGAGAAAGAGACUAGUGAGAAAAACAUUCGACAUGAUUCAGGAUCUCGCUGAAAGUGAGAACAAGGAGGAUUACAAAAAAUUCUGGGAGAACUUCGGUAAAUUUGUAAAGUUGGGAUGUAUUGAAGACACUGGUAAUCACAAGAGAAUAACCCCACUGCUGAGAUUUUUUUCUUCCAAGAGCGAAGAGGAAUUGAUAAGCUUAGACGACUAUGUUGAGAACAUGGGCGAAAAUCAGAAAGCUAUUUACUAUUUGGCUACUGAUAGCUUACAGAGUGCCAGGACUGCUCCUUUCUUGGAGAAAUUGGUUCAGAAGGGUAUUGAGGUGUUGUACCUCGUUGAACCAAUAGAUGAGGUGGCUAUCCAGAAUCUACAAACAUACAAGGAAAAGAAGUUUGUUGACAUAAGCAAAGAGGAUCUGGAGCUUGAUGAUGAAGACGAGGUGAAAGAUAGGGAAGACAAGCAGGAGUACAAUCUUCUAUGUGAUUGGAUAAAGCAACAAUUGGGUGAUAAGGUGGCAAAAGUACAAGUUUCUAAGCGUUUAAGCUCAUCACCAUGUGUGCUUGUAUCUGGAAAGUUUGGUUGGUCUGCCAACAUGGAAAGGUUGAUGAGAGCACAAACCUUGGGAGACACUUCAACCCUGGAGUUUAUGCGAGGAAGAAGAAUAUUGGAGGUCAACACUGACCAUCCAAUCAUCAAAGACCUAAAUGCUGCAUGCAAAAAUUCACCCGAUAGUUCUGAUGCCAAACGAGCUGUGGAACUGUUGUAUGACACCGCAUUGAUCUCCAGUGGAUUUACUCCUGAUAGUCCUGCUGAGUUGGGUAACAAGAUCUAUGAGAUGAUGACAAUGGCUCUUGGAGGAAGAUGGGGAAGAUUCGAGGAAGACAAGACGGAGGCAUCAGCAGAAGCAUCAACGGAAUCAGAUGCAAGCUCUGCUGAAGUCUCAGAGGCACAAGUUGUCGAGCCAUCUGAAGUUAGGACCGAGAGCAACGAUUAUUGGGAGUGAUUCAUAAACUGUUUGUCUUGUUUAGGCAUUCUUUCUGGCAUGUCAUCAGGUAACUGCCAGAAGAGAAAUAAUUUUUGGUUUUGGUGAGGGGUACAAGAAUGUUAUAGGUGGGGAACUAGAAAUUGUAUUGAAGAAAUUUUGGAUGAACAAUUAUUAGUUGUAGAAUUAGUAAGAUUUGGUUGGCUUUACUUC